GCCUCCCCGCCCGCCUCCCCGGCCCCCGCCUCCUCUCCUGGCUUCUACCGGGGCGCGUACUCGGCCCCCUCGGACUUCGGCGUGCAUUGCAGCAGCCAGACCACCGUGCUGGACCUGGACACUCACGUGGUGACCACGGUGGAGAACGGCUACUUGCACCAGGACUGCUGCGCCUCCGCCCACUGCCCCUGCUGUGGCCAGGGCGCUCCGGGACCCGGCCUGGCGUCCACUGUCGGCUGCAAGCGCAAGUACUACCCUGGCCAAGAGGACGACGACGAGGAGGAGGAGGACGCGGGCGACCUGGGGGCAGAGCCCCCGGGGGGCGCCCCGUUCGCCCCCUGCAAGCGCGCUCGCUUCGAGGACUUCUGCCCAGACUCGUCCCCGGACGCGUCCAACAUCUCAAACUUGAUCUCCAUCUUUGGCUCGGGCUUUCCGGGGCUGGUGAGCCGACAGCCGGACUCCUCCGAGCAGCCGCCGCCGCUCAACGGGCAGCUGUGCGCCAAGCAGGCGCUCGCCAGCCUCGGCGCCUGGACUCGAGCCAUUGUCGCCUUCUAGGGACCCCCGAGGGUACGGGGACCCAGGGCCCCGCGGGGCUGGGGCCAGACAAAGACUCGGCCAAGGGGCGAGAGGAAGGAACGAGCGGGCUCCCGGCCAUUCGGGGCUGAGCUGGGGGCAAGCAGGGGGAGGCGGCUGAUGUUUUAUAAAUUGUAAAAUAAAAAAAGAAAUCUAAAAUCUUGGACUUUAUUUUUGCAGAGAGAAAAAGCGCCUAUUUAAGUAUGCUUUGUGUUUCUCCUACUCUUUUUUCCUUUUUAUUGUGGUGAUUGCAGUGGUGUUUAGCGAGGAGCCUGCCACGUGAGGAAGGGCUGCUGCCCGGAGGAGGUGCCGGGCAGCCGGG